CCCGGGCUCCUCCGUGCCAGUUUGAGGAGUCCGGAGCCGAACAAAAGCAGGCGGCGAGGGCCGGAGCGGUGCGCGCAGGCCCGGCGCAGGGGGGGCCCAGCCAGCCCCGAACGCGGCCCCAGGGUGGGGGAAAGUUUGGAGCCCUCCCCCGGUGCGCGGGGGCUCCGCCGCGCUCCGGCCGCGGCAGCUCCGGCGGGGCUAUCGCGGGCGGCCGCCCCAGCGCUGCCGCCGCCUCCUCCUUCUCGGGCGCAGCCCCUGCCCCCGGCCAGCCCGCUGCCUCCCCGGUGCGGGGCUGAACUGCCCUGCUUUUGGAGUCGCCGCCGUUUCCCCUCCCUUCCCCGGAACCCCCCCCCCUUUCCCUCCCUCCUCCUUCCCUCCCUCCCUCCCUCCCUCCUCCCUCCUCCUCCUCCUCCUCCUCCAGCAGCCAAAGGGAUUUUUUUCCCUUUUCUUUUUUCUCUCUCUUUUUUUUUCCCUCCCCCCCCCCCCCCCUUUCAUUUUUCUCCUCCUCCUCUUCCUCCCCGCCGCGGAGCCGGGCGCCAGCGUGAAGGAUAAAUAAAAAGCGAAGAGGAAGAGGCUGGGGAGGAGGAGGAGGAGGAAGAAGGGGGGGGAGGAAAGAAGAAGAAGAAAGCGAGCAAGAAAAGAAAGCGAGGAGCCAGGCGGCCAGCCCAGCCGCGCCGCUCCCGGCAGCCAGGGCAGGAGGCGGCGGCGGAGCGGGGCCGGCGGCCGGCGAUGGAUGACCAGCCGCGGCUGAUGCACACGCACAGCGGGGUGGGGAUGCCGGGGCACCCGGGCCUGUCCCAGCACAUGCAGGAUGGACCAGGCGGGGCGGAGGGGGAGGCAGGCAGGAAGCAGGACAUCGGAGACAUCUUACAGCAGAUCAUGACUAUCACGGACCAGAGUUUGGACGAGGCGCAGGCCAGGAAACAUGCUUUAAACUGCCACAGGAUGAAGCCAGCGCUUUUUAAUGUCUUGUGUGAAAUCAAAGAAAAAACAGUGCUGAGCAUCCGGGGGGCGCAGGAGGAGGAGCCCACGGACCCCCAGCUGAUGAGGUUAGACAACAUGCUGCUGGCCGAGGGGGUGGCGGGCCCCGAAAAAGGAGGGGGCUCAGCCGCCGCCGCCGCCGCCGCCGCCGCGUCCGGAGGAGCCGGCUCCGACAACUCGGUGGAGCACUCUGACUACAGAGCCAAACUGUCCCAGAUCAGACAGAUCUACCACACGGAGCUGGAGAAGUACGAGCAGGCGUGCAACGAGUUCACCACCCACGUGAUGAACCUGCUGCGCGAGCAGAGCCGGACCCGGCCCAUCUCGCCCAAGGAGAUCGAGCGGAUGGUGAGCAUCAUCCACCGCAAGUUCAGCUCCAUCCAGAUGCAGCUGAAGCAGAGCACGUGCGAAGCCGUCAUGAUCCUGCGCUCGCGGUUCCUGGACGCACGGCGGAAGAGACGAAACUUCAACAAGCAAGCCACGGAAAUCCUGAAUGAGUAUUUCUAUUCCCAUCUCAGCAACCCUUAUCCCAGUGAGGAAGCCAAAGAAGAGCUAGCCAAGAAGUGUGGCAUCACAGUCUCACAGGUAUCAAACUGGUUUGGAAAUAAGAGAAUCCGGUACAAGAAGAACAUAGGUAAAUUUCAAGAGGAAGCCAAUAUUUAUGCUGCCAAAACGGCUGUCACGGCUACCAACGUGUCAGCCCAUGGAAGCCAGGCUAACUCACCCUCAACUCCCAAUUCAGCUGGUUCUUCCAGUUCUUUUAACAUGUCAAACUCUGGAGAUUUGUUCAUGAGCGUGCAGUCUCUCAAUGGGGAUUCUUACCAAGGGGCCCAGGUUGGAGCCAACGUGCAGUCACAGGUGGAUACCCUUCGCCAUGUUAUCAGCCAGACAGGAGGAUACAGUGACGGACUCGCGGCAAGUCAGAUGUAUAGUCCGCAGGGCAUCAGUGCUAAUGGAGGUUGGCAAGACGCUACUACCCCAUCGUCGGUGACCUCCCCCACAGAAGGCCCUGGCAGCGUUCACUCUGAUACCUCCAACUGAUCUCCCAGCAAAUUGCAUCCCUGGCUGAGCCGGCCCCGGCGGGGGCAGGAGAGGAGGGGGCCUCUCCUAACACCGCAGCAGUCAGACUGGAGGUGAACCCAAUCAGCACACACAAGAAGACUCCUCUUCUCUUCGUCGGGAUGCUUUUUUCAGCCAAUCUGGACACUUCUUUAUACUCUCUUCCCUUUCUUUUCUGGGUAGAAGCCGCUCUCCCCCUCCCCGCCACCACCACAACACCGCUCCCUUCCCCUCCCCGCUUCCCACCCAAGGUAGAAGGAUUUUAAGGAGGAAAAGCAAAAAUCCACCACUACCACCACACAAACCGUGCCCAGAGCAGUGUACAGCCUCAUGCUGGGUGUCUUUUCUGAGGAGCUACAAAUGUACCUCGGUCACGUUUCUCUCCCUCGAAAGCAGGCAGCCCCUGCCCCCCUUCCUUUCAUGCUACCUCUCUGUAGGGAAUUGCCACCAUAGGGAAUCUGCUCCGCCUCAUCUCUGCAGCUUCCCUCACUCAGCCCUGCCCCCUGAGCUGUCCCUCGGCUGCUGCAGGCACAGGGCAGGUGGCACAGCCCCCGUGCGCGUAGAAGGAGCCAGCGUGCUCCCCCUCGCUUCCAAAAGGUACUGUUCCCAUUGCCAGCCCUGGGGAAACUUCCCAGUGCCAGCCCUGCUCGGCCAAGCAUCCCUCCCACUGGCUGCUGUGAUCUGGAUGAGCCGUGGAACCCUGCUGUCCUGCCUGCCUGUUGCUGGAGAGGAGAAGAGGAGGGAAGGAAGGGAGGCAGAGGCAGGUGAGAAACGGCCAUCGCUGGUAACACCUCCAGGGAGCUGUGUGGGAUCAGGCAUGGAUGGCUGGUGGGACGCCAGCAGUUCUCUCACAGCACCCAGAGAGGCUGGUGGUGGAGUUCUCCUGCUGAGGGCAGUGCCACAGGGUGUUGGCCGCUGUUUCCAGGAGGAGCUGGGUUCCCCAGUGCAGGCAGGACCCACAGAGGUUUGUGCCACCCCCUGUGUUCCCAAAUCCCAGUGAGGGAUGGGCAGCGGAAUGCCAGGGGCUGGAGGCGAGUGUCUCGGGUGCCUUUGGUUGCUCUUCACGCCGCAGGUUUUGCUCUGUAGCACGGGUGGCUGCCCUCCUGGGGGAUGUCUGGGUGCUGGAGCUGCUGGUUUGACCCCAGCAGUGACCUGGGCAGUGGCCAUGGAAGGACUCGCAGGACUUUCUGCCCAGCUUUUCUGGUCCAGUGUUGGGACAAGCAGUGGUGGCUGGCAAGCGAGGCUUCAUCCUGCCCCUUCAGGCUGGUGCUGGGAGGAUGUGGCUUUCAUGGAAGAGCAGGAAGAGGCAGCACCAGUUUCCCUGGGCAGCAGGCUGAGCUUCGUGCCAGGGCGGGACUUCUGGCCAUCGGUUCUUUCAGUGGGCAUGAGGAGGCUGAGCCAGCCUGCACCGAGACCCUGGGUGUGGCGGGGACUGGUGUGGGUGCAGGAUGUCUGGCACCUCGUGAUGGAUCCCAGGAAUCCCCCGGGAUCAGUACCUCACGCUGUUGAAUGUCUGUGCCCACCCUGCUUGUGCUGGUCUCGAGGUGGGAACUGCCAGCGCAGAGCAGCAUUAAACAGAAACCAUUUAAAAUUAAGAGCUCUGCCAAAAAUACUUCCACCCUUCUGCUGGAAAAAAAUAAUGGUUCUUGGCCUGCAGGGCACAGUGGUGGUGUGGCUGCAGCUCCAGCACGCUGUCACCUUGCAGCACAGGGGUGUCGUGUGUCCAGCAGUGACACUUCCUGCUCCUUUCGCAUCCGUGCCGGGAGUGGGGACCCUGUGGCAGAGCAGGAUGUGACAUGAGGGGCCCAGGGCUGCCUCCCAGCUGUGUGGCAAGAGCAUGGAGAAGGUUGUUUUCCUGCAAGGACAGUCAGGAGGUGCUGCCCGCCUUCCCCAGCUCUGCGCCUUCCCACUUUCCUGCUCGUCUUCCCGUGGCCUCCCUCGGCACACUGCCUUUUGUCCACUUCCAGCUUAUUUUACAUGAACCUGUUCUGGCCGAGCAUUCCAGGGACACAGGACUGGCUCAGGCCUCUCCUGCUGAGCCACAGCAGUGCCAUGCCUGCGGGAAUGCCACCGUCCCUUUGGAAACCACCUGGGAAUGAGCCAAACCACAGCCUGCUGCUGGAGCCAGCCCAUGCUGGGGCUGCCCCCCUGCCCUGUGCUUCCCCUGCCCGGGCUGCCCCUCGCUCCUCCACGGUACUUUGCAAGUCCCCUCCUGGGUUCCCCAUUUGGUCCCUCCAGUUUGUGCUGGCGUAGCUGCUCGCUUGCCUUUUUCUUUGCUUUUUUUUUUUUUAAUUGUUUUUUUAAAAUUUUUGGGUUUUGUUUCUCCUCCCCAUUCUCCUCCCCUGCUCCAGCCCCGAGUGUUGUGGGGGUUUUUUUUUC